UAGGGUUGGUUUAGUGCUAUGUUCUUCACGAAGUCGUCGUCGUCCAUUUUCAUAGCGUUUCCUCCUUGAGAUUCUUCUUCGAGAGAGAGAGAGAUGGCAUCGCUUUGCAAGUCAGCGCUAUUGAGUGGUUCUAGAAAUUUAGUAUCUAGAUCGAGGAUCGUAACUCAAAAGUAUCUCAAUCUUAAACCGACAACGACGACUUCAGCUCCUUUUGCUUCAUCCAUCCCUCGCGCUUCAAGGGUUCUGUCGGCUUUGGGAAGCGUUGAAACGAUGAUUCCGCUUCACAGUGCGGUUGCUUCAGCUCGGCUCCGGUCAAGCAUCGCUGCUGAUUCCUCUUGUUGGAGCAUGCUUUCCGAGGGAUUUGCCACGCCUUUGUGACCCCCCCCCCCCGGUCUGCUGGAUUCUAUAUAAGGCAAAAAAAUAAUAAUCAAAACUAUUAGGACUUGCUUUCAGACAAUGAAUGGACAAGAAUAUUACUUUCUUCUAGUUUGAACUCUUUCGUUGAUGUAUUGUUAUAGUUCACAAGAAAUGUUGCUUCAAAGUUCCAGUUAUCUUUCUGUUGCUAUUUGUAUCCACACAUUUUGGGGAUUUUCUGCAUGGAAAUUCAGCUUCUCCUCUCUUCUCUUCUCAUUUGCAUUGGUCUUGAUCAUGAAGCGUCCAUGGGUUGAUUGAUACUAGUUACUGUGCUGCUUAAGACUACUCUACUUGCUGUUGCCAGUUAUAGGACCGGUUGUGUUAUCUUGAGUUUAGACUUUUUGGGGGCAUGGAAUGGAUAUUAAAUAUCUCAAACUACUACUAAUCAUCAUCUUAUAGCGAACAAAUUAGACGUCGUUUUCUCAAUUCUAACGAACAUACUUAAACUGAAAACCCUACCAACCAAUAAUUGUGAAUCCAAACUUUCCUUGCAGUCUACUCCUGCACUCGUUUAUUUAUAAUAAUGAUGUAAGCUAUAACUUGAUUACUAUU